AGGACGCCAAUUGACCGCAAGAAUGUCAUCAACGUCGGGUGGCAAAGCCGGUAAUGGCGUAGCUAGCCAAUAACGCGAAAGCCAGCUGUUUAAGCCCCGCCUCUUGCUCCGUCCGUGGACAAAUCGGAAUCAGGAACAGCGGCUCGCCCCACCACCUGCUUCUGUUCGUGAGGAGGGGUUGUGGGUUUUUGUGUUUUCCCCCCUCCUCUGCUCAGACGGAGGAGAAGGAGGACGACGACGACAGGUCGAGCGGGGGCUUCGUUGCAUUAGCCGCUGUCACCCGCACACAGAAUGGCGGCCGCCGCCGCAGGGUUUCGUGCCUCUUACCACCGGUUCCUGGACCGAAUCGAGCUCAUGUUGCCGCCCCGGCUGCGUCCCUUGUACAACCACCCGGCAGGUCCUAAAACAGUGUUUUUCUGGGCCCCUAUUAUGAAAUGGGGCUUGGUAUGUGCUGGAAUGGCUGAUAUGACCAGACCAGCAGAUAAACUCAGCACAUCACAAUCUGCUGUGCUAACGGCCACAGGUCUUAUCUGGUCGAGAUAUUCUCUAGUUAUUAUUCCUAAAAACUGGGGUCUCUUUACAGUUAACUUCUUUGUUGGCUGUGCUGGAGGUUCUCAGCUAUACCGUAUAUGGAGGUAUAACCAAGACCUAAAAGCCAAAGAACUGGAGAAGUAGAAAUUCAAGCUCAGCUCCUCAGAUCUCAUCUGCAAAGCAACUUCCCAAGGGACCUAGAUUUAAUCUUGUUCAUUUUGCCCUGUGUGAAUUUUUACUAAAGUUGGUAGAGCAUGUUUUUUUCUAUAAGUUUAGAAAGCAGUCUCUUUACAUGGAAAUAAAACCUUCUACUAAACAAUAAAACCUUAAGCUACGUAA